GAUCACGUCAUGAUACCAAAUUAUCCCGUCGACGGCAUGGAAGAUUGGGGAAUCAUUAUUUACGAGGAAUCAAAAGUUGUCUACGAUGAAAGCAAAGAUCCCACAUUUCGGAGAAGGAAAGUAGCAUCGUUAGUAGCGCAUGAAAUCACACAUCAGUGGUUCGGCAAUUUUAUCACCCCAUCUUGGUGGUCUGACCUGUGGUUAAGCGAGGGAUUUGCUGUGUUUUUCCAGGAGUAUUUCCUCAACAAGAUAUUUGAAGACUGGCGGACAAUGGAUUUACUCGUUACUGGACCCAUACACGAGUCUCUUUCUUUAGAUAUUGGCUUAAUGGAUUCUAUUAAAUUGAACCUUCACAACUUAGAUCAUGGCACACUUUUUGGUAAUGAAGUUUAUAAAAAAGCUCCAGCUAUACUGCGCAUGUUAUAUCAUGUAGUGGGCGAUGAGGUAUUUCGAAAGGGUAUCACCAAGUACUUUGUUACAAAACAAUAUAUGGCGGUCACUUCCGAUAAUUUGUGGAGCGCCAUACAAAGUGCUAAAAACGAAGCUUCUUGGGUCCCUCAUAUGCGAGAUCAAAAAUUCAAAAUAAAAGAAGUGAUGGAUACGUGGAUAACCCAAAAUCGUUAUCCUGUGCUGUAUGUGACGAUAAAUUAUGAAACUGGUGAAAUGUAUAUAACACAACAAUGUGUCCGCGCAACAGAAUGUAUCAAUAAUAAAUGGUGGAUACCCAUAUCCUACACUGACCAGAGUUUUCUGGCUUUUUCCAAUACCAUGCCCAAUAAUUGGUUAAAACCAGACGAAACUCUUCGAGUGCAAAUUAAUACAAGAGGUUGGAUUAUCGUCAAUCUACAACAAACUGCAUACUGUCGUGUCUAUUAUGAUAUUACAAAUCUGGAAAGAAUCAUACGUUACUUGAAUUCUGAGAAAUACACGAAAAUACACGUUCUCAAUCGUGCUCAAAUUCUGGAUGAUGCGUUUGCCUUUUUGCUGGAGAAUCAAUUAGAUAGCUCUGUAUUCAUGAGUCUUAUAAACUACCUAAGGCGAGAGAGAGAUUAUGUGGCAUGGCGUCCAAUGUUCCGAAUUUUAGCACAGUUUUUUAAUUACUUUUCACUGCCAGAGAGCAAAAGUUUCAAGUCACACAUGGUAGAAAUCUUUGAUGGAGUUCUUCAGCAUGUGGGAUACGAAGAAAAUCCUGAUGAUGACGAUAUCACAAAGAUGCUAAGACUAGAUGCCCUGAAAUGGGCAUGUAUCGUCGGUCACGUAGAAUGUAAGAAAAAGGCCGCUGUUAAAUUGAGCGAACAUCUCGCGGACCCUGAUACUCACAAAGUUCCACAAUGGUGGCAAGAUUGGACGUACUGCUUUGGUUUAGCGGUAGCUAAUAGGACUACUUGGGAUAAAAUGAUGGAACUAUAUCAGCGAACAUCUGAUAAGAAACUUUGGAAAACAUUGAAUUGUGCUGAAAAUCCUGAUAACAUUAUCAACUAUUUGAAUAUUACAGCAUCAAAUACUACAUUAUUUAGCAAUCUGGAGCAUGCAUUUAUCUUCAAUUUCAUUCUUCAAAACCAUGCACGCAACGAUCUGGUCCUUGACUACAUAUUAACAAAGUUUGAUAAUAUAAAACCAAGAUUAUUUCCUACAAGUCUAACGAUAAAAAAUAUCAUUUCGAAUGUUUUUUCUAACGAACAAAUAUCCAAGGUAGAUUUUAUAAUACUAGAUAUA